UCCUGGUCUUGUGGCGAAGCGCCGUUCUUGGGCCGUUAGGAGCUGCUGGGAAGGGCUCUGAUAGGCCUACCCCUCUUCUCCACCCAGGAGAUGAGAAGGAGGGCAGGCCUUUUUAAUCUGGUAAGAAUGUCAACCCAUCUCUCCACUGCGGUAGAAUCCCUGGAUACAUUAUUUGCCCUCUCGAAAGGCAGGCUCUGAAUCUGAUUCAGGUAUAUUUCUUAAUAGCUAACCAGCACAAUGGAAAACUCAGGGAAAGCAAAUAAAAAGGAUACACAUGAUGGGCCACCAAAAGAAGUUAAAUUGCCUACCAGUGAAGCACUUCUAGACUAUCAAUGUCAAAUAAAGGAAAAUGCAGUGGAGCGAUUUAUGUUUCAAAUAAAGACACUUAGGGAAAAAAACCAAAAAUACCAUGAAAGAAAUAGCCGCUUAAAAGAAGAACAGAUUUGGCACAUACGGCAUCUACUAAAGGAACUGAGUGAAGAGAAGGCAGAGGGAUUGCCAGUUGUAACAAGAGAGGAUGUUGAAGAAGCAAUGAAGGAAAAAUGGAAGUUUGAAAGAGACCAGGAAAAAAACUUGAGAGAUAUGCGCAUGCAAAUAAGUAAUGCUGAGAAACUAUUUCUUGAGAAACUCAGUGAAAAGGAAUAUUGGGAGGAGUACAAGAAUGUAGGGAGUGAACGACAUGCUAAACUCAUUACCUCCUUACAAAAUGACAUCAACACAGUUAAAGAGAAUGCAGAGAAAAUGUCAGAACACUAUAAAAUCACUUUGGAAGAUGCUAGAAAGAAAAUAACCAAAGAAACUUUGUUGCAACUGGACCAAAAGAAGGAAUGGGCCACACAGAAUGCUGUAAAGCUCAUUGACAAGGGCAGCUAUCUAGAGAUCUGGGAGAAUGACUGGCUCAAAAAAGAGGUUGCAAUUCACAGGAAGGAAGUUGAAGAAUUAGAAAAUGCUAUUCAUGAACUGGAAGCAGAAAAUUUGGUGCUUAUUGAUCAACUAUUCAACUGUAGACUUGUGGAUCUCAAGAUACCCAGGCGACUAUAUCUUACCCAAGCUGCUGGACUAGAAGUGCCACCUGAAGAAAUGCCUUUGGAAUUGCCAGAAACACAUAUAGAAGAGAAGUCAGAAUUGCAACCCAUAGAAGUAGAAAGUAGAGACUUGAUGUCCUCAUCAGAUGAAAGCAGUACCUUACAUCUUAGUCAUGAAAAUAGCAUCGAAGAUCUCCAGUAUGUAAAGACAGAUAAAGAGGAAAACUCAUGCACAGAGUUUGGGGACACUGAUAUGAAGUACUUACUAUAUGAGGAUGAGAAGGAUUUCAAGGAUUAUGUAAACUUGGGCCCCCUGGGAGUGAAGCUUAUGAGUGUGGAGAGCAAGAAAAUGCCCAUUCAUUUUCAAGAGAAGGAAAUUCCAGUCAAACUCUAUAAAGAUGUCAGGAGCCCGGAAAGUCGCAUCACAUAUAAGAUGAUGAAGUCUUUUCUCUAAGACUGAAAGCUGCAAAGGAAACACAACGUUUUCUUAUAAAUGUUUUUUGGGAACUGAACUAUAUCCGUUGCCCAUUUUACUUAUGCUUUGGCUCAUUUUUAAACCAGCUGUUAUUUCUAAAGGUCAUAAUUACAUGUAAAAUCAAAGGUAUUCAGCUAUUCAUUUACUUGCAUGGUAUGAGUGACCAAAAUGGAAGCACACUUUGUAUUUCUACAUUGAAGUAUUCAGAAGCAUGACAGUAGUUUCAAGGUAGUCUCUGAGGUUCCUUUUCACACACAAAACAUUCACUGAUUAAUCUGCGAUUCCAAUAUGAAAUAGUUCCAUUAGAAAUGUUUCUAAGAAAAUCUUUGUAUAGCAUUGUCUACACAUCUUUCCCUCUGACGAUGCUCAAUGUGAUAGACAGCCAGUCUGUAAUUCAAGUCAAUUCUUCUUAGUUUAACCCUGUGUAUUAGUCUGUUCUCAUGCUGCUAAUAAAGACAUAAUUGAGACUGGGUAAUUUA